CCUCGUGUGGUAUCUAUUGGCGAGCUCUGAAUCGAUUCUAAUCGUUGGGAGUUUGACCCUGUGUCAAAGCAGACAGCAGUGCAGCCUGCGGGCGGAGAGGAGUCAGUCAACCAGAGCUGACAGCUAUUGAGAAGCUAGUAUUGCAAAAAGAUGGUCACUACAAAGCUGUUGACUCUUGUGAUUGUUGUGAGACAACAAAAGAUCCUCCUGGGAUGGAAGAAACGAGGUUUUGGGGCCAAUCGCUGGAAUGGUUUUGGAGGCAAAGUGCAGCCUGGAGAAACCAUUGAAGAAGGAGCAAAGAGAGAAUUGUGGGAAGAGAGCAGUCUGACUGUGGACAACUUGGAAAAAGUCGGACGGAUCAAGUUUGAAUUUGUGGAUGAGACUGAACUACUGGAUGUUCACAUAUUCUUUACGGAUAGUUGCAAAGGGGAACCAUUGGAAUCGGAUGAGAUGCUUCCACAGUGGUUUGACCUGGACAAGAUUCCAUUUGAUGAGAUGUGGGUUGAUGACAUCAUCUGGUUCCCCUUGUUACUCCAGAAGAAGCUAUUCAAGGGUUAUUUCAAGUUCAAAGGACAUACCACGAUCCUGGAAUACACACUGCAGGAGGUGGAUGAGCUGAAAGAGCUGGAAAUUGAGGAGUCUGGAUUCUGAUGAUUUGCAAUCAUUUUCAAAUAGUCACAGGGCAAAGUGGGGAAACUUUAACAAACAUUAAGAAACUGGGAACAAUGUAGUAAAUGAUUACCAAAAAUGAUUUUUGUAUUUUUCUCAGAAGAAUUAAAUCCUGAUAUUUUAGGCUUUAUUUAGCUGUGAACCCAGCCUUGUACAUCAACCACACCACCUUCACAAUCCUAUCAUUAGUCACCCAACACAUCUAUCUUCCUUUCCCGUAUCUGUUUUGAUGAUUGUUUUCUACCUGUCAGUUAAAAUGUUGGGCCUAGCUGAAACUCCAAUCCAAUAUAAGCCUUGGAUACAAGUGGAACUCUUUGCCUCAUGAUACUGGAGCAAUAAAUCAUGGAGCAUAGAGAGAUUUGGGACUUUUGUUGCUGGAUGUUUGAGAUUAAGUUCCAUUUAAACUGAAUGAUCAGUUUGCUGUGAGAAAUAUUGGAUCAUUUUAGACUGUCAUUUGUAUUUGUAGUCAUAAGUAAAUUUGCUUUCUUUAUAAUACUGGGGUUUUGAAAAGAAGAAAUUCCCCAAAACAAUAAAGUUUCUUUGUGGAGGUCAAAGAUGGUGAAAUUCUAACUGCUUCUCUGGAAGUGCCCACUAGAUGGUGCACAAGGGCAGCUUUGUAAACAAUUUGAUUUGUAACCUUAAUACCAGUAACAUUUUCUUUACUCAAACCGUUGAGACUACAUUAAACAUCAAAUCUUAUAGACAUUUUUUAUGAAGAAUGAAGUAUCUUUCUACAGGAAAAUGGAUCUAUUCAGAAAGAGGGACAAUUAGUUUUAGUCCUGGCUGAAACGGUUUUGUUACCCUGGAAGUAGUGUAAAUGACAUACUAGGAGGGAAGGAACAGUGACUGAACAGAUCAAUACUGUUAACCACAUUCUGGAUUGAGGGUUGAAACUGCAACUUCUGGAAGGGAAGUAAGGGAUGGGAGGUUGCAAUGGGAACGUCCCUUCUAUAUCUCACCAUCAAUUAACACUCUAGCCACGGCAUUCCCCCAACUACAACAUAAA